AUGCUCCGCCUAUUCAAUCGAUUCUACACAUUAUGCGCCGUGGCGGCGGUCACGCUUCUCUACUCCGCGUGGGUGUUGACCUCGCGUCAUCUCGGGAAUUCCGAGCCACUGGUCGGAGGGUCGUUCCGGACGGUGUCCUCGUUUGAUCGACGCUUGGUCGUCUUUGGGGAUUCAUGGAGCAAUGUUAAGACGGAAGAGAGACAGGGUCGAGUGUGGACGGAUUGGCUUUGUGAAAUGUUUUCUUGUCAUCAUGAAAACUUGGCCCAAACCGCCAAAUUGAUCUCGGAAGGCAAAUUGACAGGAUCCGUUGUCGACAACGCCGAUCUGGAAUUGGUUGCUCGUCCAUCUCCGACCAAGGUGCCCGAUUUUAAAUCCCAGCUGCAGCUCUGGCUGGAGGCCGAGUCAAAGGCCGUGGCGGAUCUGUCUGAGGAACAGAUUCGAUCCCGUCAAGACAAGACGGUGUUUGCUGUUUCAUUUGGUCUCUGGGAUAUUUGGAAUCUUCGGACGGUGGACGACCGGACGGCCGAGGGUGCGGUACAGCGACGCAUCGCCACGCUGAUGGCCCAACUGAAUCGGCUGUCUGAGUCGUGGGGUCCGGGAUCCAACAAACUCAACGUGGUUCUGACGCAGACGGUCGAUGUGACAUUUUUGCCGGGCUUUGCGGCGACGGCGGCGGGUGACGACGACGUGGACUACAAGCGGGCGGUGCGAAUCCUGGACGUCUGGAACAAGAAGUUGCGACAGGCCGCGAAGGGGUGGGACCGUGGCACCAUUUACCUGUUUGAUACGAAUGCCUUCGUGAUGGACCGGAUUCGUGACUGGCAGAUGUAUGCGGCGGGGAUCGAGGAACCAAAUGGCUUGGGAACGAACCGAGAUCCUGGCUGGGAGAAUGUGGUCGAUCCGUGUGUGGUGAGCGAGAAAAGUCUCCAAACGCUUCUGUUCAAGGGUAUGUCUCAGUCGAGGAGACAAUGCAAGAACCCGGACAAGUAUCUAUUUUGUAUCGCUGACUCGAAAAAUUUCUCCCUCUCCGAUUCUAGGGACGAGAUGCAUCUUGGACCAUCUGCACACCGGCUCAUGGCCACUGAAAUCUACCGUGGUAUUGAUGGGGUCCUUUUGAACGUCCCAGAUCCGAAAUGA